AUGUUAGAGACUGAGACUGUUAACAACUACGGAUACACUGAGGCUCCAGGUAAUAACUUUUUUGACACUGAGAAUCUCAAAUGUUUGAAAGCACCCUUAACCUCACCAGCCUUCAAUAAUUUUUCUACUCACAUGGAGUCUAGCGCAGCACGUUUGGAGGAGACUUUGGAAUUAUUAAACUUGAGAUACCAGACUUUAUUCUUCUUGGCCUCCGCUGCCCUUGUUACAAGCUCAGUUUUUUCAGUCACAAAAACUUUCGGAUUCAGUACCUUACCCGGAUUAUUACUCUCACUCUUUUUAUUGACCAAUUCACUGCUUGUUAUGGUUUUGGAUAUUCCGGGGACUCCGAGGUGGGCAGCCAAGUACCGCAGACACAUAAGAAAGAACAUGAGAUUCUUGACAAGAUUAACUGGAAAAUCUUUAUGGCUGGCAGUGUUGGGUGCUUCCAAUAUGGUGACCUUGAAGUCUAACAGAAGGGUCGGAGCUCUUCGAUUUCUUUUCGGAACCUUAACCUCUCUUUUCGUUUUCGCCGUAGCAGCUGUAAGGAAAAGUUUUAGACUUGAAAAGGCAAGGAACGUCGUGAAGGAGACAUCCAAAGGCGCCUAUAUAGACGUCUUCCGUAAAUACGCUUUAUCUGACCCCGACCAUGGAAUGCAAUUUGAGGAAUUUAACAGGCUCUGCUCCGAUUACACUUCUGGCAGACUUCAAUUCGACAUUGUUGAUCUUUAUAUAAUCUUUAAUGUUCUGGACGAACACCAGAAGUGUGCAGUUAACGAAAGGGAGUUUUACGAGUGGCUGGCUGGCUCCCUUGUAUUUUUAUGA